AAAAAACAUCUGUCAAAAGUACAUGUUGCAAUAUUCAUUAAUGGAUUCCUUUUUUUCACACUUUUCAUGAAAUAUCAGUCAUCAGAAAAAUAAUUGAAAUAAAAGGAAUCAUAUCAUGCCGAAAUCGAAUAAAAAAUGCACUUAUAGUGAAGAUUAUAUUAACCAAUUUCCGUGGGUUAAAUCAGUCCCUACAGAUAGACAUUCUGCACUUUGCACUUGGUGCCAUGCAACUAUUCGCAUCGAUAACAUGGGGAAGUCAGCUCUCGAAAGUCAGGAAAAAGGGAAGAAACAUAUGGUAAAAUUUAAGUCCCGUAAUACGAAUGCACCACUGUUCAACUUUAAUAUAGAAAAAAGUAACUUUGUUGAAAACAACAAUUCAAAUAUUCAGACUCCUGCUGCUCCAUUAAUAACAAAUAAUGAAAAUAGUACCUCACAGCCUAAAACUAUUGAGAAAUACUUGCUCUCUGAUGAGGUAACAAAAGCAGAGAUACUCUGUUGUAUUCAUGGAGUAAUGCGCCAUAGCUCAUUGCGUGAUAUAGAAUCAACUGUUUCUAUUUCUAAAGUUGUGUUCCAUGAUAGCAAAAUUGCUAAGCAGAUGAGACUUGGUAAAGAUAAAGCAUCCUACAUAAUGAAUUAUGGCAUAAGCAAAUAUUUUCAAAAAGAAUUAGAAACAAAACUUAAACAAUGCGAAGCUAUUGUUGUAGGAUUUGACGAGUGUUUAAAUUCCGUAAGUCAACGAAAUCAAAUGGACAUUUCAAUUCGUUUUUGGGACGACCAAUGUGAUAAAGUAACUACGCGCUAUUGGACUUCUGCUUUUUUGGGUCACUUAACAGCAAAUGACUUGUUACAGGCUUUCAUGGAUUGUAUACCGAAUGAUUUGAGAUGCAAAAUAAUUCAAAUAUCUAUGGAUGGACCUAAUGUCAAUUGGAAGUUUUUUAAUGAUUUGCAGACGGAAUUUUCUGAAAAUUUUAAUCGAUUAAUGUUGAAUUUAGGAUCUUGUGGUUUGCACGUUGUAAGCGGAGCUUUUAAGACUGGCAUAGAAAGUACUAAUUGGAAUUUGAUUAGUUUCCUUCGAGCGCUUUAUAAUUUUUUUAAAAAUCAACCUGCACGUCGAGCUGAUUAUUCUGCUAUAUCUGGUUCAACUAAAUAUCCAAUGAAAUUUUGCGGAACUCGUUGGUUGGAGAAUGUUGCUGUAGUUCGCCGCACUAUCGAAAUUUUGCCACAUGUGAAACUUUACGUAGAAAAUUCGAAAAAAGAAAAAAAAUUUCCAAAAACCACAAGUUUUAAGAUAAUUCUUGAUAAUAUAGACGACAAACUUCUAGAAGCUAAGCUUGUAUUUUUUGAGGCAUUCGCUUGUGAACUGCAACCGUUUCUCACAAUGUUUCAAUCGAAUGAACCAUUAAUUCCAUUCCUCUAUGACAAUUUGCUAAAUAUUUGUAAAAACAUUUUGAUGAGAAUUGUAAAAGAGGAAGUCCUGAAGAAAGCAGAUUUAGCUAAAUUAGACCUUCAAUCCGAAGAUAAUUUAUUGCCAGCAAAUAAGAUAAAUGUCGGUUAUGCUACGAAACACGCCUUAGACUUGAGUCGACGUGCAGGAGCUACUUCUUUGGAAAUUCUUCAAUUUAAGAAUGAUUGUCGUAAGGUUAUGAAAACUUCCAUCGAUAAAAUUCUUAAAAGAUCUCCAUUAAAAUAUUCAAUAGUAAAAGCAGUAUCGUUUUUAAAUCCGGAUGUAGCAAUUUAUAAAGAAUCGUUUAAAAAACGUUUGUGUGCAGCUUUGAAAAUUUAUGUUGACAACCAGCUAAUAUCAGGAUCGAAAGCUGAUAAAAUUGAACGAGAUUUUUUACAACUUUAUUCUUUGUCUAGUACGAGAGAAAAAUUAAAAAAGUACAAUUUGUUGUCAGAUAAACGUUUAGAUAAUUUUUGGACGGAUGUGAUCAAAACUCAUAAAGAAGGAAGCUACGAAGAUUUAUUUUGGUUCGUGAAAAGCAUAUUAAUUCUUUCACACGGAAACGCUGCAUUAGAGAGAGGAUUUUCAGUAAACAAAGAAAUGAUAGUAGAAAAUCAGAAAGAAAAAUCCUUAAUUGCUCAAAGAUUAAUUUAUGACAGCAUAAAGUCGAGCGUAGUUAAUGUUGAAGAUUUUGUUGUAACCAAAUCUUUAAUUCACUGUGGUCUCAAUGCGUAUAAGUGGUACCAAGAAGAUCUUACUAAACAAAAAGAAGAAAAACAGCUCACCGAUAAUAAUAACGUCCUAAAAAGCAAAAACAAAAAAGCAAUAAAUGAUCUCAAGUUACAAAAGAAAAAAGUUAUGGAUGAAGAAUUAAACGAAAGUGCUCGAAUCGAAAAUGAAAUUUUAUUACUUGAGUUGAAACGUUAAAAACUCUAAUUUAAGAAGAUUUUAAAAAUUCUAUUUAAUUUUUUGUCUUAAUUAUAAUCUACCAAAAAUUGAAUGAGUGAAUUAGGUUUUAUCCAUUCUUCGACGUUUUUAUGUACCUUAUGCAAAAUACCAAAAAUAAAGUGUAUUAACUAGUUUUUAAAUUAAAAAGGUAUAGAAUAAUUUAAUCUUGUACAUUUAAUGUAUUUUUGACAUUAAAAUUUUUCAAAAUAGUACCUGGAAAAAAAAUAUUUUUAACCUG